UAACGGUCAGAGCAGCACAAGCCGGGAAAAAGGCAGAAGAAUUCCCAAAGAUCCAGACUUUGUAAGUGCUGCCAGGCUUUUGGACGUAGGGCAGCAGCAGCACCCACCCUGCCCAGUAUGGGAUGAGUGAGUUUCCUUUGGAACAGGAUGCCAGUGUAUUCCGUCAAUUUGAAAGUUUUCUGGCUGCUGGUGAUCGUCAUAUUUACAGGCAUCUGGUGCAUGUUUCUGACUCUGAGGAGGAGCAGCAAUGAGGGAAAGGAUGGGGGCUGCCAGGAGGAAUCAUUCAGCAGCUCGCAACUUCUCUUCAAGUUAGGAUUGUUACUCUUGGUCUGUUCCAUUGUCUUCAGAUGCUGUAGCUCCUCCCCGAAGUGCCAACGUGGGGACAUAACUUUCCAGCAACAGCAUCAGCAGCAAGUCAGGAAAAAUCUGCUUGAAUCGUUUUACGAACAACACAUCAAGCUCUCGCCACAUGUUCUUGGUCACAGUAAGGCACAUGUGAGCCAGAUAGUGGGCGAACUCAUCAGGGUGGGCAAAGCAAAGCAACAUGACACAGGAGUCAUCUUUAGGGGGGACUUUGUUCAGAUUGGCAGUGCUUAUGAGCAACAUAAAAUCAACAGUCCAGACUAUUUUGACAUCCUGGUGCCACUUAAGAUGCCGCAAAGUCUCAAACUGGAACCUUUUUUUUCAGAUUUGUGUAAAGAGCUGGUGCCCAGUCUUCAUGGCUCCAUGAUAUGCGGGGUGGCAGCGGCCAGAAAGUCAGAGUGGGCCAAAACAUACAAGCAGUUCAGUGAUUGUUUCUGUACAGAAGUAGGGCCUCGCCAUGCGCUGUCUUCUACAUCUGUCCAAAAAUGGUUCCACUGGAAGAUACAGAGAUGCCUCAACGUGAUCAGAUACCAAUUUGAAGAGCGGAGUUACAUUACUCUCUCUGUAUGUGAUGAUAAACUCAUCCUCAAAAUUCUCCCAAGGUCAGAUUAUGUCUGUUGCCAUAUCUCCAUGUCUGUGAGACUUAUACCUGCUUUUCACUUGGGAGAUUUAGUGUUCCUAACAGCGCAGCCUUGGGGCAGUAAUUCCUGUUUGGACAGCGUAAAUCUAAACUCUUACUGGGGCAUUAACUUUUCCAAAUUCGAGCAAAAGUUAUUGAACUGGUUUAAAGAUCAGGCCCCUUCUAACUCAUGCCACCUGAAGUGCCUGCAGAUCAUGAAAAGCUUGAGGGACCUCAAUGCCAAGACAUUCCAGCCUUCCUUCGCAUCUCAGUGGAGAUCUAUUUUGUCUUCCUAUAAUUUGAAAACAGCACUCUUUUACCUGUUACUGAAAAUUCCAUUUGAGAAGUGGGAUGAUUUGUUACUGAUGGAGAGGAUGGCAGACUACUUCAUGUUUUUGAAAGAAUCUUUGCAAAAGGAAUCACUGAUGCAUUUCUUCUUAGGUAACAGGAAUCUUCCAAAUUGUGUUACCCUGCCAAAAAUGUUCAAAGAAGCAAUGCCAGUAAACCUGCUGGAGGGAUACGGGUUGGAUCUGUUGGACCAAGUGUGUUUUCAGCUUCUUAAUUUAUGGGUCCAAAUGCCUCGGAUUUUACGGAUGAGUUCCUCUCCAAAAACCUUCAUAAGAGAGUCUAUGAGGUGCAAACAUACACACCUUUAG